GUCGUCCCUCCAUCUUGCCAUUUUAAAAAAGUUGGGCCGUCGUUUCGUCCGACGAAGAAUUCGAGCCAAGUUAUAAAUUUGCCAAUUUCCUACGAAUAUGGAGAAUAAAGAAAAUCAGGAGCCAAAGACUUGCCACCAACAGAUCUCCAGCACGGUGGCAGGCUCACAGUGUGUUUCUAAGAAGCCGUCCCUAGUCGCAGAUAAAAAUGACAUUCCGGGACCUGUGAGACAGUGUGUUGGGUCAUCCUCCAGUUUGGUUCCAAAAAAGCGUAUCACUAUUGAUGACUUUGACAUCGGUCGACCUCUGGGAAAGGGCAAGUUUGGCAACGUGUACCUUGCAAAGGUGAAGCAGAUGGAAGCCCUUGUGGCUCUGAAGGUGUUGUUUAAGUCCCAAAUCGAGAAGGAAGGUGUGGAGCACCAGCUCAGGAGGGAAAUUGAGAUCCAGUCCCACCUCAAGCAUCCCAACAUCCUUCGAUUUUACAACUACUUUCAUGAUCGCAAGAGGGUGUUUUUGGUGCUGGAAUAUGCGCCACGAGGCGAGCUAUACAAAGAGCUCCAGAAAUACGGACGCUUUGAUGACCAGCGUACUGCCACUUACAUGGAAGAGAUCUCUGAUGCGCUGAUGUACUGCCACUCCAAGAAAGUGAUCCAUCGCGAUAUCAAGCCAGAGAAUCUUCUUCUUGGCUUUCGUGGAGAGCUGAAAAUUGCAGAUUUUGGUUGGUCAGUUCAUGCGCCUUCUCUCAGGCGUCGCACAAUGUGCGGAACCCUGGAUUACCUGCCACCCGAGAUGGUCGAAGGCCGCACCCACAACGAGAAGGUGGACCUGUGGUGCAUCGGAGUCCUCUGUUUUGAAUGCCUUGUGGGGAACCCUCCCUUUGAAAGUCACUCUCAGUCUGAAACGUACAAAAGAAUUAUGAUGGUGGAUUUGAAGUUCCCAAGGGUUGUCUCAGAGGGUGCACGGGACCUGAUCAGCAAGCUGCUUCGCCACAGCCCCACCGAUCGUCUCACACUGCAAUGCGUCAUGGAUCACCCAUGGGUGCGCAGCAACUCGCGCCGGGUCUUACCCCCAACUGUCCCACCAAAACCCUGUAAUCCAAAGUUGCCUGCUUGAUUUUUUUUUUUUUUGUUUUGUUUUUUAUUUUCUGAUGUAUCCUAAUAUUGUACAAAAGGUUCACUCUGUCAGUUCUAAUAAAAUGUUGUUAAAUGAA